GGUACAAUAGUUGAAGUCAGAGUGUUGAUGAUGUUCAUAAUGCGUCGAUGUUUAUAAAAUUUAUUGCUCUACUGCAUGUUCUACUUUGUAAAAACGUAAACGCCGGUCGAGAAUUAGUCCGCAGCGGUACACCGAGGUUAGAAGUUGCGUGUGCAAUUGCAUCCAUCAUUACAGCAUUGUUCCAUGCGUGAGCGAUGGAACAAACAACAUCAGCUCCCGAUUUCCAAAGUUCGCGCUGCUGAAUAUGAAGGGAAUAUCUUCGGAGGAUCGGUCGCCAAGCCGACGGAUCAGGGGAACGGUAAGAACGUGCAACCGGUCGUAACUGCGAAGGCUGAAGAAGGCAAAACCCGGAUCGUCAAUUUUUUAGGACGGGAAGUG